AAUAACGAGAGGGAGAAAAGGGUCCACACGAAUGCACUAUUUUCACUUUCACGGAGAACCCAAAUUCAAGUUUCUAUAGCUUAUGACUCACCUGGUCACUCACACCCAACUCGCCCGAGUCACACCGUUCAUUCAUCGCUUCAAGCCUUUACUCGGAACCCCAAUCUAUCGUUCCCAAACCCUUUUUUUCGCCCAAUUCUCAACCAAAACUGCCACCAUCCGCCGCCGAACUCACCCUCUUCUCCGGCCGGCGAUGGACGCGCAACCGGCGGAAUCCGGCACGCCCGCCGUCACGGGCGAAGACUUUGUCCACAUCGCGGAUCUGAAAAUGGAGAGCUUGUCCGAGAGUAUGGUUCGAAUCGACGUGACUUCCGAUGCCGACGCCGCUUCGUCCGGUCCUGAAGCGCCGGCGGAUUUUGAUCGCCGUCCGGCGAUGCUCCCGGAGGAGCUCUGGAAAAACGUAGUGGUUCUGUCGUGCGAGUCCACAGCCGAGGGCGGUGUUUGCGAUGUCUACUUGGUUGGCACCGCUCAUGUCUCCGAGGAAUCCAGCAGAGAAGUUCAAGCUAUAGUGAAUUUUCUGAAACCGCAGGUUGUCUUCCUAGAAUUGUGCUCGAGUCGUGUGGCAGUGCUUUCCCUUCAAAAUCUCAAGGUACCUACUGUGGGAGAAAUGGUUGCAAUGUUGAAGAAAAAACAUAACAUGUUUGAAGUACUUUAUGGCUGGUUCCUUGCCAAGAUUGCUAGUAAGCUUGAGGUCUUUCCUGGCUCUGAGUUUCGUGUGGCGUAUGAAGAAGCCAUCAAGUAUGGUGGCAGAGUGAUACUUGGUGAUCGCCCUGUACAGAUUACAUUAAGGAGAACAUGGAGUAAGAUGCCACUUUGGCAUAAAACAAAAUUGUUAUACUCUCUACUUUUCCAAGCAGUUUUUUUACCCAGCUCAGACGAUCUUAAUAAGAUGCUGAAGGACAUGGAUGACAGUGACAUGCUAACUCUUGUAAUUCAAGAAAUGAGUAAGGAGUUUCCAACUUUAAUGGAGACACUCGUGCAUGAACGAGAUCAGUACAUGUCCUCCACAUUAUUAAAAGUGGCAAGUGAAAAUAGCUCGGUUGUUGCUGUUGUUGGAAAGGGACAUCUACAGGGAAUAAAGAAGCAUUGGAAGCAACCUGUUGUGAUGAAGGAUCUCAUGACAAUUCCAUCUCCCAAACCAGCUAUCUCUGCUAUAAGAAUCUUUACAUCUGUUGGUGUUGCCGUGGCUGGGGUGGCUAUAAUAUCAGGCGUCUAUCUUUCAUGCAAGAAAUGACUUUUCUUGGAGAGAUAUUGUCAUCUAUAGGAACGCUGACGGAUGAAUUUAAUUAUGUAACCGAUGAGUCAAUCAUCAACAAAGUUGAUGCAUAACCCAUUUAACUUUUUUUUUUUUUUACAUAUAUAUCAAGAAUUACCUUUUUUUAAAAUCAUUCCAUGGAAAUCUUUGUGAGAUAAGAGUU